AUGGAGCACUUGAAGUCAUCGCCCAGUCCCCUCGACAGCUCUGCCUCAGAGGAUAGCAAUAGUUUAAUUGCGAUUCCAACAGGCGUAGAUCGCCGCUCAUCACAGUUUGAGGCCAUCCCCACAACUACCCUCAGUCGUCGACCGACCGUCCUCGAUAACGUCGAGCUCGAGCGCAUCAAUACCUAUCGCCUCCAGCAUAGAUCUACGGUCGGUUCAGGCCCUGGUCCCGCACCGCGAGAUCAAUGGCUCCCAAUGGGUGCCGGAAAAGAAUACCCGCCUGAAUUACCUGACCCGGAGCAAUUUAUCGUCGAGUUCACAGAAUCGAACGACCCUUUGCAUCCCCAGAACUGGCCGCGGGGGAAGAAAAUCACCAUCUCCAUCAUCCUCGCCUAUACAACAUUUACCUCGUCGUUUGCCAGUGCCAUAUACUCGUCGGCAGUGACUACAAUCGCACCAUAUUUUCACAUCAGCACAGAAGUGGCUAUUCUAGGCGUGACCCUGUACGUCCUGGGUUUUGCCAGCGGUCCAACUGUCUGGGCCCCGGCUUCGGAGCUGAUCGGAAGAAGAUGGCCUAUUGUAGUGGGUAUGUUUGGGUACUCGCUAUUCACGGUUGCGACCGCCACGAGCAAGGAUGUUCAAACACUCAUGUUGACCCGGUUCUUUGCUGGAUUCUUCGCCGCGAGUCCUAUUGCGAUCGUGCCAGCUGUUUUUGCGGACAUUUGGAAUAACCAGACUCGGGGUGUGGCUAUUGCCAUGUUUGCUAUGGCGGUGUUCGUUGGUCCUUUCGCUUCACCUUUUACUGGAGGAUUCAUUACAAUGUCUUAUCUUGGUUGGAGAUGGACUAUGUAUAUUUCCUGUAUUAUGGGUUUCUUAGCGACUGGACUUUGUCUCGUUUUCUUGACGGAGACGUAUGCGCCUGUUGUUCUGGUUGAGAAGGCUGCUACUUUGCGCAGACAGACUCAUAACUGGGGUAUUCGGGCCAGGCAGGAAGAGGUUGAGCUGGACUGGGGAGAGUUGAUCACGAAUAACUUCAGCCGACCGUUCCGGAUGUUGUUCACUGAACCGAUCGUGUUUCUGAUAUCGUUGUGGAUGAGUUUUGUAUACGGCUUGAUGUAUGCACUUCUCAGUGCAUAUCCAGUGGUCUUCCAAGAAAUUCACGGCAUGAACCUCGGCGUCGGCAGCCUUCCAUUCAUUGGCUUGAUUGUUGGGGAAGUCUUGGCCGGUGGAUAUAUUCUAUACGAUCAAAGGUCAUACUCCAAGAAAUUGGCAGCUAAUAACGACGUCCCAAUUCCUGAAUGGAGACUUCCUCCCUCUAUUCUCGGAGGUAUCUGCUUUACCAUUGGUUUGUUCUGGUUCGGUUGGACGGGCUGGACAAAAUCCAUACAUUGGAUGGCGCCAACGGCCAGUGGAGUCGUUACCGGAUUCGGCAUCUACGUGAUCUUCCUGCAGUGCUUCAACUAUCUGAUCGACUCUUACCUCACAUUCGCCGCUUCGGUAUUCGCUGCAAAUACCAUCAUUCGAUCUUCGGUCGGAGCCGCCUUCCCUCUAUUCGCCAAACAGAUGUUCCAGAACCUGGGGGUGCAAUGGGCUGGCACACUCCUUGGAUGCCUUGCUCUGAUUAUGGUCCCAAUUCCGUUGGCAUUCAUCAAAGUAGGGCCUAUUCUAAGAAAGAAAUCCAAAUUUGCACCGACCAUGCAGCGUCCGACCGAGAAAGAGAAGAGCGAUACAGUCUAG